AGAAGGAUUGAAUUGAACUUGAGCCUACGGCGAACUCAACGUGCGCACUUCACGGUCCUCUAAGCUGACGUGGAUGGAAGUCAUUGGAUCUUAGAGGCCCGGCGUCACCAGUUUACCGGCCCGUCAUUCAUUCAUAAGAAAAGCAGGUACAGUUCCAGUGGCCGUGUCCGUACGCAGUCUCUAAACAUGGCGGGUUACCUAAGGGCUCUGACGACCGUAUCGAGAAGUGCAGCUGCUGUGCUGUCGGAAAACCCCGCAGUGUUCUCACCGGCCGUCGUCUGCCACCACAGACCGCAACAGAGGAACUAUGCCACAAAGCGCAUCAAAGUGGACCAGCCAGUGGUGGAGAUGGACGGAGAUGAGAUGACUCGCAUCAUAUGGGAGUUCAUCAAAGAGAAGCUCAUCCUGCCAAAUGUUGAUGUUGAGCUGAAGUACUUUGACCUGGGUCUGCCCUACCGUGACCAGACAGACGACCAGGUCACCAUUGACUCUGCUCUGGCAACUAUGAAAUACAACGUUGCUGUCAAGUGUGCCACCAUCACCCCUGAUGAGGCCAGAGUUGAAGAGUUUAAGCUAAAGAAGAUGUGGAAGAGUCCUAACGGAACUAUCAGGAACAUCUUGGGUGGCACAGUUUUCCGUGAGCCAAUCCUUUGUAAAAACAUCCCUCGUCUGGUUCCCGGUUGGACACAAGCCAUAACAAUCGGCCGGCAUGCUUUCGGCGAUCAGUACAGGGCCACAGACUUUGUUGUUGACCGGCCUGGCAAGUUCAAGAUGGUUUUCUCCCCAGCUGAUGGAAGCAAACAGAAAGAGUGGGAGGUGUAUGACUUUCAAGCAGGAGGCUGUGGGAUGGGAAUGUACAACACUGAUGAGUCGAUCAGUGGGUUUGCUCACAGCUGCUUCCAGUAUGCCAUCCAGAAGAAGUGGCCUCUGUACAUGAGCACCAAGAACACCAUCCUCAAGGCCUACGAUGGGCGCUUCAAAGACAUCUUCCAAGACAUCUUCGAGAAGAAGUACAAGCCAGAGUUUGACAAGCUGAAGAUCUGGUAUGAGCACCGUCUCAUUGAUGACAUGGUGGCCCAGGUCUUGAAGUCUUCUGGAGGAUUUGUUUGGGCGUGCAAGAAUUACGAUGGAGAUGUGCAGUCAGACAUUCUGGCUCAGGGUUUUGGUUCUCUAGGUCUCAUGACAUCAGUACUAGUGUGCCCUGAUGGCAAGACUAUCGAGGCUGAGGCCGCCCAUGGUACCGUCACCAGGCACUACCGUGAACACCAGAGGGGAAGACCAACCAGUACCAAUCCCAUUGCUAGCAUCUUUGCCUGGACUAGAGGAUUGGAGCACAGAGGCAAACUGGACAGAAAUCCCGAUUUGAUAAAGUUCUCCCAGAUGUUAGAAAAAGUCUGUGUGGAAACUGUGGAAAAUGGUGUGAUGACUAAGGAUCUCGCAGGCUGCAUCCAUGGUUUAGCCAACUGCAAGCUGAAUGAACAUUAUGUCAACACAUCAGACUUCCUGGAUGCUAUCAAGACUAACCUGGACAAAUCUCUGGGCAAAUGAAGAACAAUCUGAAGACACACUUAGAGAGACAAAACCUGUCUGUAGAUUUUUAGCUUUUGUUUGUAUGACCCUUUGUAUCUGAUUUUGAAGGAUCUAAGUUUGCUAUUUUAUAGUGCCAUUUUUAUAUUUGUAUAGCUCACUAACACAUUACUGUGGUCGUGGUCCUCUGCCUUUCCUGUUGCCAACGGUCCACUUUUGUAUUGCACAAUUAAGUGAUUGUACUGUAAGAAUUGGUAUUAACUUACGUUAACUUAUAAUGUCAAAGAAAUCACAAUUAAUUAGAGGGCAUCUUCAGGGAACAAAGGACAAUAUGCCAUGUUUUGUACUGUCAGCAUUAAUAUUAAAAAGAAAUAGUGAUUGCUUAUCUCUCAGUUACAAGCA